AUGGAGCAGGUCCAGCGGAGCGGCGACUAUCUCAACACUUACCCCCGGGAGGAUCCAUACGCGGUGCAGAUCGCCAUGGACGCCCUCUUCCACCCUGCCCACUGCCCCCUGGUGCUACCUCCUGGCGCUGCGUCGGUAUUGGUGCGCAAGGGAGACUAG